AAGCCAUCUGCACAAUCGAUCAAUCCAUCCAUUAACUAUCAACCAUGCUUUUGUACACUGAUAUCAUUACCGGCGAUGAGAUGUUCUCUGAUGUCUACGAGAUCAAGGAGAUCGAUGACAUUGCUUACGAAGUCGACUGCAAGAUGAUCCAGAUCAAGGAGGGUGCUGAUGUCGAUAUUGGUGCCAACCCCUCUGCUGAGGAUGGUGCUGAGGAUGAGGCUGAGGAUGGUGUCAAGACCGUCAACAACGUUAUCUACAACAACCGUCUCACCGAGACCUCCUUCGACAAGAAGUCCUACAUGACCUACCUCAAGGGUUAUAUGAAGGCCAUCAAGGCCCACCUUGCCGAGACCAACCCCGAGCGUAUCCCCGUUUUCGAGAAGAAGAUUCUUGCCUUCGUCAAGGGUAUCGUUGCCAACUUCAAGGACUACGAGUUCUACGUCGGUGAGAGCAUGAACCCCGAUGGUAUGGUCGCUCUUUUGAACUACCGCGAGGAUGGUGUCACCCCUUACUUCACCUUCUUCAAGGAUGGUCUUAAGGUCCAGAAGCUUUAAAAAAAUUCAUUUAUUUUUAAAGUGAAACAUGGGAACAUCUUGAUUGUUUGUUGGAAUUGUUUUCUUUUAUUAUUAUUUCUUCCUUUUUUUAAAAAAAAAGAAGAAGGAAAAGAUAUGAAGGAAUCUUUUCGCAGAUUUUUACAUGUUUGAAAAAAGAAAAAGAACCGCAAUGCUUUAUAUUUUUUGAGUUUUUGUGCUAUUUUUUUUUUGUUAGGUCUAUCUAAAAUACAAAAAAUAAAUCAUGUAUCAAAUGGCAUAAAAAAAUGA